UUGUCCUUCGAUUUUCAUCUUCUUGCCUCUUCCCCUCUCCUUCUCUUUCUCCUUUUCCUUCUUUCCGCAGCCGUUUCCCGAUGCUGCUCUUCUUCUUCUCGCUGCAGCCCCCGAAAUCCCCCCUCCAAGCCGCCGGCACCAGCUUUGAAAAAUUGGUGAGAAAGCUUGGAAUUUCUCCUUCUUUCUUGUCCAAGAACUUGAUUUGGAACCCAGAAAUCUUUCCCCCUGCUAGAAAAUCCGGAUCUGCCCUGCUUUGCUCUGUCUUUCCGCCAGCUGCUCCUGCUUUGUGGGGGUGAUUUGCUCCGGUUUUGGGUAAGAAACAGCUACCAAUCCCUCUGUUCUUGCUUGAAUUAACUUGGGUCUACCUUAAUUGCUCUUGGGUUCCUUUAAUUUUGGGUAGAUCUGUGAGUUUCUCCCCUGCACUUGUCGCCGGCCUCCUCCCCAAUCUGCACUCCGGUUUUGCUUGCUGGAUUUAUGGUAUGUGGCAGCUUCUCUAAGUCCUAAUUUACCCCUUUAAUUGUUGAAUUUUGUCCAUGGAUUGGCUGCCCCUGGCCAACAAUUAACGGGAAUUUUAGUGAUUAGUUUGUGAUAUAAGAACGAAUUUGGAGAUAUUUGAUCAUGUGGAGAUUGAUAGGAAUAGCAUCGGGAUUAAGAGUGAUCUUGAUGAUUUCAGUUUGAAUUUGUGAUAGUCUGGUAUUAAUUUUGAGGUGUUUUGAUUAGGUUCCCGAUCGUUCUGUCAGUUAGUGCGUGAAUUGAGUGCUCGGUUUUAUGCGAGUGAGGUAAUGAAACUGAGGACGGGGAAAUCACGGGAAGUGACGAGUUAGAAAGCUAGCCAUUGUAAUUGGAUAUGAAAUUUUAGAAAUAAAUCAUGAUCUUGUAUUUGGAGAUUUUAUGAUAUCAGAGAGAAUUUUAUAAUUUGAUCUUUAGAUUUUGGUGGAUUUGUUUUGGACUUGGCUAGCCAAUGGAUUUUAGAACUGUGGUGAGACAAGUGAUGGGGUUAUAUAAGGGACAAUUCUGAUUCAUGUUGCCUGAAUUUUCUCAUCCAUUUCGAUGAGAUGGUGAUCUGAUUGUUCUUGUUUCUUGCGUUCAUACUCUGUGUGAAGUUGUGAAAGUAAUCUUGCCCGUUAUGUCCUGAAGACCUUGUUUUGAAACUUGGUCAUUUUCUGAUAGUCCGCACUUGUUUAGACUUGUUGUGUGAAUAGAAUUUUGUAUGCUCUUUUGCCAUUAUUGUAAAAUCUGGGGAGUUGCAGAGAUUUUUUUUGCUACUGAUCUUGUUGGUCUCUACCACAUAGCUGGUUGAGAAUUUGCUCUGUUUGUCACAUGACCAGUGGAAGAUGGGCAACCCUCUACUUGUAAGAGAUUCCAGGCUAUUUUAGCAAAUGUUGUGUGUUUUUUUUUUAUGCGUUUUAGGAGCUGGAUAACUUGGUAAUUCCGUUGCUCUUUAUCUUCUGAAAGUCUUAUAGUGAAGUUUCACUUUUUCCACUUGGAGCUUCAUGGUCUUUUCAUGUGGCUCAUUUUUCUAUAUUGAAAUGGAUAAUGAUUAUUGAAAUCCUCAUUAUCUUGAUACUUGUCUAAAAUUGAUUCUUGCACUGUUCUUGAAAUCUAUUUUGAAUUGUCCUUGAAAACGUUCUUGUUCUGAUACUGGUUCUUGCUCAAAUUCUGUAUAUUGCUCUUGCUCAAAUCUUGCAUACUCUGCUCAUUCUUGUUUUUGUAUACUUCUUGAUCUUCUUGAUUUUUGAUUUUGUUCAUAUGGACACCUCUUUAAGAAGGGUGACAAAAUCUCUAUAUGAGGCAUCCUGAUUCUUGUCUCUUGCAAGUGUUAAAUUUUGUAUUCUUGAUGCCUUAGCUUUGACUUGACUCUAGGAUGACCUGAUUGAAAAUCUACUUAGCUUAGCCUCCAUGAACUACGAGGUAAAGGGGUAGUCCUUGAAAUACUUGAUGCCCUAGAGUUUUGUUGCAAGAGAAAUGAUUCUUUUAUCUGGCUGCUUGGAUUUUUGUUUGCCCUUUUAAUUAGAAGACAUGAAUCUUCUAAGCAUCUUGAUAUCAGCCAUUGCUUUGUUCUGUUAAUUAAUUCUAGUACUUGAGUUCUUGAGAGUCUUACAUGUCUUUUGAUGGUCCUAGCUUUUAACUCUUGUUAAUUGCUAAAAUCUGUUUCUUGAUUCCAGUUGCUUUGUUAAACAUGAGCUUGUUUAUUGGUUAACCUUGUUUUGUGGCAAAAUGUAUAAGGCAUCCAUGCACUCGUUCAUUCAUUUAUGAUCCAUAUAUCCAUUGGAUGCUUAUCCGUCUUUGAUAGAGUUCAAAGUUUUGUUGUACUCAUCUGUACAUCCAUGCCAUUCUUUGCCAACUCGUCUUGUGUUGGGUUCAAAGCGUAACCCCACAACUAUUUCUUUUGUGGCCUUGGCAGGAUUUAUUUCUAUUCCUUGUGCUUUCCGUAUCACCCCAGCCUCUAAUAGCUUGUUUCAUGGUAAAUCCUGUUAAGUAGUUAGUGUUCUGCUUUCUAAGAUUAGUUGUGGUUUGUUAUCUGAGUGGCGCAAUGGAAGCAUAGUAAGCUAUGUCUGUUCAUAGAAAGUUAGUGGGGCAUUUGCCUUGGAUUGUGUGAAGCCAUUCACCACUUGAUAUGGUCCUCAAUUUGAGUUUUGGGGACAAAACUCCUUUUUAGGAGGGCCCCUGAAAUCCCCCCUCCAAGCCGCCGAUACCAGCUUUGAAAAAUUGGUGAGAAAGCUUGGAAUUUCUCCUUCUUUUUUGUCCAAGAACCUGAUUUGGAACCCAGAAAUCUUUCCCCCUGCUGGAAAAUCUGGAUCUGCCCUACUUUGCUCUGUCCUUCCGCCGGCUGCUCCUGCUUUGUGGGGGUGAUUUGCUCCGGUUUUGGGUAAGAAACAGCUACCAAUCCC